CGAUCACUUUGCACACAGCGAAGACUGUGAAGACUUCAAACGGAAAAUACAAUGCCGACGAAUUCACAUUCCGAAAUGUCCAGAAGUCUAGUUGGAUUUAUGGUUCUAUUACACUUUCUAUCAAUCUGUGAAGCCGCUUCGUUUUUUCAGCCGAUCUCCGAUUCUCAUCGAUCUGCCGCUCUUGAGCUCUUCAGUCCCGACCGUGGAUCAUUCAAGAGUUUAGAAGAGACAUACGAAGCACUAAGAACAUUUGACGUUCUUGGAAUUAAAAAGAAGCCUAAUGUAACCGCCACAGCUUGCCGUUUAAUUUCGGUAGCUGUUGGGUCAUCAUCAUCAACCCCAAAGGAUCUUUUCUACGCUUUAAAAGCAAAUAGCAUAGCGAAAUGCAAGAUAAAAGAUAAAGCUUUUCAGGGCAUUAUAACAAGACUUAAUGCUGCUGUCAAUAGCGCAAGUUCAUUGCUUGAAUUCCACUACUCAGUAGGAGGUUUGGUGCUUAUCAAGUUGCUGGAUCAGAGUUCCAAACCUGACGUUCAUCUUGUUAAUGCUGAUGGAAUUUUUGACUCGGUCAAGGCUUUCAGCCAGAGUGAUGGUAGGUGGCGCUAUAGUUCAAAUAAUCCCGAGUCCAGUGCAUUUGCUGCUGGAAUUGCACUUGAAACGCUUGCAGGAGUUGUUUCGUUAGCAUCUUCUGAACUUGACCAAUCUUUGAUCAGUACUCUCAAUAAUGAUAUAAGCAAGCUUUUUGACAGUAUUGAGAAAUAUGAUGGUGAGGCUAUUUACUUUGAUGAUAAACUUGUUGAUGGACAUGACCAUCAAGGUCCCUUAGCAACCACCUCGUCUGUUGUUAGAGGACUAACAGCAUUUGCAGCGCUUCCAGGAAACAAGACACUUGGAUUGGCUAACUUUUUCCUUGGUAUCGGAGUUCCUGGUGAUGCCAAAGAUUUAUUCAACCAAAUAGAUUCCUUAGCUUGUCUGGAAAGCAACAGGGUUUCCAUCCCACUGAUCCUAUCACUUCCAUCUACAGUGCUUUCGUUGACCAAAAAGGACUCACUCCAGGUUAAAGUUAACACUGUGCUUGGUUCAAAUGCACCACCUCUUACUGUGAAGCUUUUGGGAGCUUUUACUUCUGGUUCAAAGGAUGCAUCUCUAGUUGAAAGCCAGGAACUUGUGUUUGAUGCUGGAACUGGGCUACAUAACUUGAAAAUUUUGCCAAAAAGUAUAGAUGUUGGAAGUUACACAUUUGUUUUUGAGAUUGUGCUUCAUAAACCUGAGGAUGAAAAGGUUUAUGUCACCGGAGGCCCAAAGAAAGUACCAAUAUUUGUCUCAGGACUUAUCAAAAUUGAAAAUGCAGAAAUCGCUAUACUUGACAGUGAUCUUGGGAGGAUAGAAACACAGAAAAAGCUAGAUUUAGCUGGACAAAGUGCUGUAUCAUUAUCAGCAAACCAUCUCCAAAAGCUACGCGUAUCCUUUAAGUUGACAACUCCUCAUGGACUUGCUUUUAAGCCACAUCAGGCAUUACUCAAGUUGAGACAUGAAAGUAAGGUUGAGCACAUCUUUGUGGUUGGAAACUCUGGAGAACAGUUUGAAAUAGUUCUAAAUUUUCUUGGGUUGGUUGAGAAAUUCUUCUAUCUCUCAGGUAGAUAUGACAUUGAGCUCACUGUUGGUGACGUUGUUAUGGAGAACUCUUUAUUACGAGCUAUUGGGCAUAUUGAGUUAGAUGUACCAGAACCACCUGAGAAGGCACCCCGCCCUCCUCCACAACCUGUUGAUCCCUACUCAAGAUAUGGGCCCAAAGCAGAGAUAACACACAUCUUCAGGGCUUCCGAAAAGCGUCCUAAGAAGGAGCUUUCUCUUGCGUUCCUGGGUCUUACCUGCUUACCAUUACUUGGAUUCUUGAUUGGGCUAUCACGAUUGGGGGUGAAUUUGAAGAUCUUUCCUAUGGAUACCAUAGCUGCCACAUUUGCCAUUUUCUUCCAUGUCGGCAUCGGAGCAGUUCUGUUCCUCUAUGUGUUUUUCUGGUUGAAGUUGGAUCUGUUCCAAACGUUGAAACUUCUUGGUUUGUUGGGAGUUUUCCUUGCGUCUGUUGGCCAUAGAAUCCUUUCCUAUUUGGCUGCUACAUCUGCCAAGCUUAAAUCUGCCUGAGUUGAUUCAACAAUAAUAUCGAUUCCUUUGCAAAGUCCUGUUUCAUGCAAAGUAAAAAAGAAGGGUUAGCAGAUUUUUGUUGGGACAUUUUAAACUCAAUUGUGGUAGGCCCAUUUUGUGAGAUCUAGUCCUUUUAUGAAUGCC